CUGAGAGAGUGCAAUGAUACUCUUUGAAUUUCAUCUAUGGUCCUGCGGAAGUAUGUCCCUUUUGGAGUACUGGGGGACCCAGCGCACUUCGGCGAAACGCAGAAAGACGGUGGCAGAUCAUGUCGGCAUAGGGAAUAAGAGCGGCCAAAGUCACAGUGGAAUUUCCUCAAACAAUGCUAUUUUAAAGAGCUCGGAGACCUCAGUUGGGCGAUAUGAUGGCAAUGAAGAAAGGUAUGAAACGCUAAUUCCUUCUAGUAGCCAGACAGAGCUGGAGAAUUCCCUUCCAGAUAUUGGAAUGGAAAAAUAUGCUAUUGAACACUAUGGGGCAGCUUAUUUAGAAGAGCAGGUGGAUGAGCAAUCGCUGGACCAGAUAAUACGAGCUGGCAGGUGGAGAAAGGGGAGAAGCUCUGUCUACGUGGACGCCUUCAAUCUAGCACUGGAAACCGUCCUUGCUGAAGAGGCUCAUCUCUUCGAUGAAGCAGAGAUACAAGUUUUCCGGCAGUGGAGAAGUCUGUCAUAUGAGGCACAGUAUCUCUAUGUUCGAUUAUUUCUUCGGAAAACGUCUGCGUGGCACCGAGUCAAUCGGCUUGCCUAUGACUCGGACAUCACAGACUUGCCUCGGGCCGUGAUUGAUCUGCGGCUCAGUCGAAGCCUGCUUGUUUGUCCAAAGACAUUAAACGAUAAUCCUGCAGAUACAGAUAUGAAUACUGCAAAUAGUUGGGGCAAUGAUGGCUAUUUUCAAUUUGCUGAGGACAUCCGACAGAUCACGACCCUAGAAGAGGCGUCGUCGUUGCUAUUACUUGACGAACUUAGGGUCAUUGCGAAAGAGAAUAAGGUCCAAGGUAAAACCAAGAAGGAGCUUCUUUCGGCUCUCAGACGGGCUAGCCAAACACAGAUGGGCCUCAGUUGGAAUGAUGACAAAGGAGACGGGCAGAGAUCCAGCAGAGACAGUUACUUGGUCCAAAAGAUCCUCGACUAUACAGGUGACUGCAUCAGACUCACUUCGGGCUCGCGCAUCCUUUUUGAGCGUGUGCAUCUGGUUUCCUACAGAUCUACAGAGUGGACUGAGAAGUCCCUCACAGCCAUCAUUCUUGCAAAAACGUCACGCAGGAAUUUCCCCGAGUAUGUUGUCUGUCGUUCUAGUUCUAUAUUUCCUUCUAGAGCAACAUUGUUAGAAUUCGAAUCUGCCUUACGGAUGCAGUUUGAAAUAGAUAAUAUUCUCGAAUUCAAUGGCACACCCACCACAGUGGCGCUACAGCGGAUCAGGGAGCUUGCCGACAAAGUAUAUUCUAGGUGGAAGAUCCUGCUCGAACAGGAGCAGCGAAAGGAAGAAGGCUUCUAUGAACGCAGCGAAGGUGCUUACCUACGCCGAUUUUCUCCAGUCUGGGUUUAUACAAGGAUCAUCCACAAAGGUCUCCAUCCGCUAGCACGAUUUAAGGAGCACGAAAAGGAACAUUGUAUUUUAACUGAAUUGCUUACUCAGCGUUUAUUCCACGCCGCACGACGUGGAGCAUGGUACCAGCGAAAGGCUCUCCUAGAAGAGCACUACAUGUGGUCUCUCACGCCAUUUGAUGGGCUCAAUGAAGAGGCUCAAAGAAAACACUGGAAAAGAGUUGCAUUACGUACUUGCGAGGAGGGCCUAGAGGAUCCGGAAUGCCAUUUGAUCUACCAUUAUGACCUACAGAAACGCAUCACGAAACUUGAGAAGUCACUGAGAGUUGUCAAGCGGGAGCAGCAUGAUUUUGGCUAUGCCAUGUUGACCAAACCUGAAGAACGCGUCGUUGAGGGUAUACGGAUUGCACGUGAAGAUCCGCCGGGCCAGAACGUCCCCAGACGUAGUAAUGAUAUUGCAUCCAGGCGAAGCCAUGCAACAGUCUGGAUUGAUGAGAAGGGGACUGGAGAAGAAUGCAGGGUUGAGAAUAUGUGUCUAGGCUGGUAUAGAGUCAACGGUUGGAAAGGUCACCAUUCAGAAGAUGGCAUUGUUAGAACAUUGUUCGGCUAUUUAUUCUACGAUAUUCUGUUCACAUACGUACCAAACGUCUUCCAGACACCCUUCCAGACCUGUCCUCUCGACUUGCACACAGAUGCUUUCUAUGCUACCAGAGCAUCCGAGAUCAACCAUCGCCUCGUGGAGAUAUCCAAUGGCGCCACUGAGAAGAUCAUCCGGGCUGUUCACGAGCGAGAGUCACCGAGGCGAACAUGUGUGAUUGGCAUCGAUUGGUCCUUUGAACUCGAUGACCUCGUGGAGAUAGCGCAAUGUUUCCAUGGAGCUGCUCUGGCGAUCAUCUGUAAAGUCCUAGCUCAGGAGUACCAGCAGCGGGGCAGUGGGAUCCCGGAUUUGUUUCUCUGGAAUGUGGUCCGGAAGGAAGUCAUGUUCGUCGAGGUCAAAUCGGAGAAUGAUCGAUUGAGCGAUACGCAGAGACUGUGGAUCCAUAUUCUUCUUGGGGCUGGGGUCAAGGUUGAACUUUGCAAUGCGGUUGCGAGAUAA